AUGCUUCACUCAGCAUCUGAACCUGCGAAACGCAUCUUCGCACCAACAUCCAACUCGACCGAUCCCGGCCAUGCAACGCAAUACACCAAAGGCGCACUCGACUUCAAAGACCUCCUCCCCUCACCAACCGACCAAUUUCAUAAAUGGUUCCAAGAAGCCCAAGAGCAGAAAGUCUACCAACCGGAGACGGUAACCUUUUCCACCGCCGAACUCCCAUCCGGCAAGGUUUCGGCGCGCAUGGUUUACAUGAAAGAGCUCGACGCUAAAGGCUUCGUCAUCUAUUCCAACUGGGACACGAGCCGCAAGGCCAGCGACGUGCGCUCAAACCCUUACGCUGCGCUUACUUUCUGGUGGCACGAACUUGAGCGCCAAGUGCGCGUCGAAGGGCGCGUUGAGCGCCUGACGUCUGAAGAGUCGCAAGUGUACUACGACACGCGCAUUCGGGGUUCGCGCAUUGGUGCUUGGGCGAGCCAGCAGAGCAAAGUGCUGGAGAGUAGGGAGGAGCUGGAGAAGAGGGUGGACGACGUCGAGAAGAAGUUUGAUGGCAAGGAUGAGAUUCCUGUGCCUGAGUUUUGGGGUGGGUUGAGAGUCGUUCCUGAGGUGGUAGAGUUUUGGCAGGGAAGGCCGUCGAGGUUGCAUGAUCGGUUUAGGUAUAGCUUGAGUGAGGGUGGGGAGUGGAAGGUGGACAGACUGAGUCCGUAGACAUCGGUUCAGACUAUCCUGAAGGUUAGAAAAAUUUUGAUUUAUUC